CCAUUGCCAUUGUAUUUUUCGUCUCUCAGAGCUGUAAUGAAAUGUUUUAUUUGAUUUUGUAGCGGACUUAAAUUAAGUUGCUUUUACUUUAAACUUUUGUGCGCUCCUUGCUCUUUUACUAUCAAAUUUCGAUAGUUUUCGCAGCUCGCUUCUGAAUCUUGUAAAUGGCAAUUGAUGGUUUGUUUGAUUCUUCAUAUUUAAACGAUAAACAAUGAACGAAAAAGAAAAAGAAAAGCUGCUAGGACUUGCCAAAGCAGCCGAAUCUUCCUGUCGAGUUUCUUCUGCGAGUUCUGACACUUAUUUACCGCAGUACAGCGAGCUCCCUUAUUCACAUCUGGAUAAUUUGGAAAAAGGUUGCUUAUGUUUACAUCCAAAUCUCGUUCCUGAAAACAAGAGCGACGAAUUGUCAAACGACGCUUCUGCUGCAAAAUGUUCAGACUACUAUGGUGCGUUUUUUGGUAGUGUUAAGAGCGAAUUCUUGUAUAUUUCUAGUCCAGCGGCAUUUGCGAGAAUUCCACCUGCUGCGAAAAGAACGACAAAUGAGAGACUUCGAGUUUUUUGGUGUUAUUUAUUCUCACUGAUACUUGAUUUUUCAUUUUCAUAUUACGUUCUCUUUCCUUUUCUAAAGAAUAAUAUGCUGAAAGAUACUUCCAUAAAGGUUCAGUAUAGUGUGGCAGCUAUUCUUAUCGUCUUGGCCUUUUGGUUCUCUCUAAACUUGGUUUCAGUUUUAUUGGACUUGUUGAUUUUCUCUUUGGAUUUACUUCCCUUGUUGGCUUCUGCAGUUUCCAAUGCAGUUUCCAAGGGUCUUUCUGUAUUGGUUUCUGUAGUGUUUGAUUGGAUUUCGAAAAUCAUCACCUAUUCUUUAGGUUACGAAAUGACAUUUGAAGGAACCGAGUCGACGGGAGAAAAUCAACUUCCAAUUCAUGCAAUACCUCUUGGAAAUCUAGAGGAGCCAAAUAAUCCUAAUAGUCUUAGAGAUGAGGAACCAUCUUCUGAACGUUUCGAACAGUAUAAUGAAAAGCUACUAGGACUUGCCAAAGCAGCCGAAUAUUCCUGUCAAGUUUCUCCUGCAAGUCCUGACAGUGAUUUACCGCAGUACAGCGAGCUCUCUUAUUCACAUCUGGAUAAUUUGGAAAAAGGAUGUUUAUGUUUACAUCCAAAUCUCGUUCCUGAAAACAAGAGGGACGAAUUGUCAGACGACGCUUCUGCAACAAUGUGUUCAGACUACUGUGGUGCGUUUUGUGGUAGUGUUAAGAGCGGAUUCUUGUAUAUUUCUAGCCCAGCGGCAUUUGCGAGAAUUCCACCUGCUGCAAAAAGAACGACAAAUGAAGGACUUCGAGUUUUUUGGUGUUAUUUAUUCUCACUGAUACUUGAUUUUUCAUUUUCAUAUUACGUUCUCUUUCCUUUUUUAAAGAAUAAUAUGCUGAAAGAUACUUCCAUAAAGGUUCAGUAUAGUGUGGCAGCUAUUCUUAUCGUCUUGGCCUUUUGGUUCUCUCUAAACUUGGUUUCAGUUUUAUUGGACUUGUUGAUUUUCUCUUUGGAUUUACUUCCCUUGUUGGCUUCUGCAGUUUCCAAUGCAGUUUCCAAGGUUCUUUCUGUAGUGUUUGAUUGGAUUUCGAAAAUCAUCACCUAUUCUUUAGGUUACGAAAUGACAUUUGAAGGAACCGAGUCGACGGGAGAAAAUCAACUUCCAAUUCAUGCAAUACCUCUUGGAAAUCUAGAGGAGCCAAAUAAUCCUAAUAGUCUUAGAGAUGAGGAACCAUCUUCUGAACGUUUCGAACAGUAUGUAAGACGACAACAUCACCAAUCUAGGGAUACGGAAAGCGGUAAAAAUCUGCAAAGCAGCAGCUAAUUCUUUCUCCCCUUAAUUUUUUAUACAUUUUGUAGAUUUACACUUUCCGGGUUCUCUGCUCUAAGGAAAGGUUUCUUGUUUCUCCCUUUCUCUUCUCUGCUUGCAUAUUAGGUUUUCUUGUCUUUUUCAAAAGUGUUGCUUAUGUUUUGUUCUCUUUCUUUCUGCAUAUUUGGCCAUGAAGUGCACUGACGUUUUACUAUCGUACAUACUGUGUUAGUCUUGCUCUCUUUCCGUUGAACUUGCCAUUUUUUUUAUUCGCAUUUGCAGUUGCAUUUGAAUCCGUGUAACAUUUUUAAUUUUCGUGUUAGGUUAUAUGUUUAGUUUUCUUUUUAUUCUAAUUGGCUAAUGAAGUAUUGAUAAACG